AGUGUCGUCCCACCUCCGGAACAAAACCAAAACCCACUCCUUUGCGGCAAUGGUGGUCUCAAUAAUCACUUUUGCUUUCGGCCUCGCCAUUCUCUCAAUCUCGGCUUUUGAUUCCGCCCACCACCACGCGACGGCGCCAUCACCGUCUUCCUCCACCACCCCCACCGUCGACUGCUCGACUCUGAUCCUGAACAUGGCGGAUUGUUUGUCGUUCGUGUCGAGCGGGAGCGAGGUGUCGAAGCCGGAAGGAACUUGCUGUUCCGGGUUGAAAACCGUGCUGAAAACGGGCCCAGAGUGCUUAUGUGAAGCUUUUAAGAGCAGUGCUUCUAUGGGUGUCUCUCUGAAUGUCACCAAAGCCUCCACUUUGCCCGCCGCUUGCAAAGUUUCUGCUCCUUCCGCCACUAACUGCGCCGUGUCUGUCACUCCUGCUGGUGCUCCAGAUGUGCAACCAUCAGCCACAGCAGGUGCACCCACAGCAUCCUCAGAAAGCGCAAACGAGUUGGCACCAGCACCAGCCCCCGGCAGCUCAGGCUCUUCGGUGCUUUUGGUUUCAGCCGGAUCUCUUGUCGUAGGCAUUAUAAGUACAUUAGUCUCCGGCUACGUAUUAUGUUAAAAUCGUUACGGAUAAUUCCGAGGGAAGCGGUAUAUCUAUCAAUAUAGGGGAGUGAGAGACCAUUUUGAUGGUAUGUUUGUGUUUUAGUUAGUUCCCUCUGUAUUUUUUUUCAUGGUUGUGGGUUACUUUGAAACCCUUAUUGGAUUUGGACCAUUUGAUUCCCAUUUGUAACUCUUAAUUUUACCCGCUGAAUUGAACCCGGAAAGGGCAUUUUCCC